AUGAACGAAACAGACAAGACGUACGAUUUACAAGACCAGGGCGAGAGGAAGAUCCCACGUUUUGUCGUCGUGGUCGUGCAGCUCGCAAGACACAAACAGGCUAUUCUGCAUGUGCGCGAAACAAGGGCCGCGAUUGGCACCUCGCCAGAGGGUCCCACUUGUUCACGGCUUGGGCGAUUCCCAACAACAGGCGGCACUAAAGAAGCCAGUAGUUGUAGACCCUGGAAGGUUUGCCCUACGAGAGCAGUACGACGGACCUUGUUCGAGAUUCGAGCUUGGGUGGAGGCCACGAUGCGCGUGACAGUGACAAAGAUUUUGGGAGUCUGA